AUGAAACCUGACAUCAAACAACGAAGCACAGUAGACCAGAUAGAAGAGCGCUCUUCAUUUUCUAAACCGCAAGUCGCAUCAGGCAAAAUGACGGAUAACAUCCCGGUCGGCGAGAGUACCGCCUACCCCGACCCGCGGCAAAAGGAGAUGGAGCGGGUGGCAACGGAGAGCUUGAUGUGGGAAGACCAUUCGAUUCAGACCAUGCCGCUUAGGCAAUAUCUCGAUACCCAAGUCGUCCCAACGCUGCUCCCAGGCCUGGCAGCCGUCGCACAGGAACGACCAAACAAUCCGGUCGAAUACCUAGCGCAUUUUUUGAUGGCAAACAAUCCGAAGCAGAAAGCCAGACCGAUUGUGAAACCGAAACCCGCAGAAGACGAAGAAGCGGGUAUUUGAACGUCGAUAAUAAUUAGUGGGGGUCAUUGCAUCUUCGCUGCAUAAUCAAUAGGUUGAAUCACCAGAAUCACAUUCAUCUUCGUUCCGUGUGCAUAUCUUUGAGCGGAUGACGGUGAUGAAAAAUGACAGGUUAACGCGCCGCACUCCAUCGUGAUGGAAGCUCUGCGACCUAGCCGGGGGAGUUGCGCAGCACCGAAUUUGGUCGUUUUGGAUUUCAUCAUUUACAAUAAACUACUUCUGCUUGACCAGAUUGAUGUGCAUGUUUUGGUGAUCUGAUCCUGAUCCAUCGCACAGCGCGUAAUGCUAUUCGAUUUUACGAACAAAGGGAAUUUCAAAGAGGAACAGGC